UUCACCGGAACUAAGGGGCCGAGCCCAACCCCUGAAAAACAACACCUGGAUUGAAUGAUUUGGAGGGGUGUCCCAAAACACACAUCACAUGCAGUUCACUGUAUCAUCAUUACCUGUGUGGAAUUCCUCCGCUAUCAGGUGCGUUACAGGUCACUUCCGGGUUCUCGUGCGCGAGUGUCCUGUACAAACUCAGGUAAACAGAAAAAAAUCUCUACUUUUGCUUCAAUGGCGUCGAUGGAAGAAGGAGAAGAAGCCCAAAUGAGGACUAUAUCAGAACUUUCGGACCAAGCAAUCCGGCAUUAUGAGGGCCUGAGAAAAGAGCAUGAGAAAACCAAAAAAGAGUGUAAGCAGCUGAAGCAGGAGAGAGAUGAGGCCUUGAAGAAGCUGGAAGAUUUUGAAAGAGUGUCACAUAUGGUGCUGAAGGAGGUCAACAGCAUGCAGGAGAACCUGGAGGUUGAAAAGGUCUGCAGGCAGACGGUGGAGGCCCUGGCAACUAAGCUGAACAGACAGAACCGCUCUCUAAAGAGGAAAAGUAUGAUGUACCUGGCUCACCUAGAUGCCAACGUCAUCGCAGAAAUCAACCUGAAUGACGACGAGGACGAAGAAAAUCAUAAGGAGGAGGAGGAGCCUGGAAUGUGUAGCUCCUCCCACUGCCAGCUCAUCAUCUCUGAGUUGAGGAAUAAAUUAGAGUUGGCUCUGGAGGAGAAGAAGCUGUUAGCCAUCGAUGUGGAGACCACAAAAGAUCAACUCCACAAAACCAGAGAGGAACUCCUGCGAGAAAAACACGAUAAUACUGUUUUGAUUGCCGAAACGCUCCAACAAAAGAAGCUCUUGGGGAAGUAUAACAGAGUGUCUCGGUAUGCGGUGGAGGAGUACGAGGCCUUGCAGGCUGAUCUGGAGCUGGAGAAGGAUUUGCGUGUAGAGGCAGAGAGUUUUGCACACAAGAUGUUAGUGGAGAAAAAGAAGCUGAAGAGACAGAGUCAGGCCUUGAUGCAGAGUGUUUCACCUUCUGAAGCUCUGGAUAAUGCUCUCAAAGAGAUUGCUGCACUCACACACACUAUGGAAACACAACGGUUGGAGCACCAACAACAGCUGAAGCUUUUAGAGGAUGAACUGCACAGCUCUGAAUUGCGAAAGCAGUUGUCUGUGUUGGAGAGGAAGACUGCUGUGCUGGAGGAAGAGCGGAAAGAUUUUAUGGAGAAAUGUUCCAGAGCUGAGACUGAGGCCAAGGACCUCCGCUUCACUGUGGAGGAACUACAGAAAAAGCUACAGCAGGUGUCAAAUCCUGUACCUGCCCCAGCUCCUCCUCCACCUCCUCCUCCACCACCUCCUCCUCCUCCUCCACCUUCAGUCUCAGCCAACCCUCUCAGCUCACUCAUGUCGUUACUACGUAAGAAGAAAGGCACCAAUUGUGACAUUCCUUUAGUAGAGAAAGACGCAGCACCGAAAGAUCCAGAGAAGGACAUUAGACAACAGGCUGUGUCCGAGAUGAUGGACAGAAUUAAAAAGGGCAUUCAGCUGCGGCCAGUUGGACAGACAGCCAACAGGGCCAGACCACAACAGAGGGAGCGAAUACCGUCUGGCUCUGCCAUUCAGGAACUUAAAGGGAUUUUGACCUCUGUGAAACGCCCCUCCCCCUGCCCCUCCCCUCCUGCAAGACCCUCCUCCCCGGAUGCACAGUCUGAGCUCCAGAAAGUCCUAAUGAAACGACGAGGAGUACUGGAGACUGCAAACGAUAACACAGUGUCAGCUCAGCCCUUUCCCAGCAGUGUUCUGGAUCUGACCCGGGUUAAGAUACCUCCCAUCAGUGCUGAUAAAAGUGCCAAUAAUGACAACAUGCAACACUGACACCUCAACACCUACACAAACCCGAGCUAGACGACUGGCAGACUGAUGAAAGAGGCUGAAUAAUGAAAGCCAAACUGUGCUCGACUACUGAAACGCUCAUAAAAAGGACGAUAAGUAGAUUUUAUUUAGGAGUAGAGAUAAUUAAUUGUUAAUCAAAAGCUUUUGUCACC